AUGUUGAAGAAUCUGUCUCAGACAUUCACACAAGGAAUGACACAGUUCAAAGAAGAUGCCGAGAAACUCCAGAAUAAUGAAGAAUUCAACGAGAUACUCAAAAACACAUUCAACUGUGAUUGCCAUCACUCGGAAGAAUCGGAACGUCAGAAUUCAGAGAGAGAAAACUUUUACAAUCUUACAGGUGUUGAACGCACACCAGAAAUGGCUGCUAUGAUUCAGAAGGCAGAAGCAGCUGGAGAUAUCCAUAAUCUCAUAGAGACAGUCAGAAUACUUCGUGCUAAUGGAAUUGAUGUCUUCAAGGGUGUCGAAAUCAAUGGUUCCAACGAUAAUGAUAAUUAUGAGAAGAAGUAUGAGCAGCAAUUAAAUACACUUGGUGAAAUGGGAUUCCUAGACAAAGAGACAAAUAUAUCAAUCCUCAAGCAAACAAAUGGAAACAUCAACCUCGCACUAGAAAAGAUAUUCAAUAACCACUAA